AUGUCCAUACCUCCAGAUAUCGAUCCAUAUGCAGUACUUGGUGUUGCCAAGGAUGCCACUAUCCCUGAAAUCAGGGCCGCCCAUCGAAAGCGGGUUCUCAAGUGUCAUCCAGACAAGAUACAAGAUGAGUCGCAGCGCAUUGCUGCCCAAGAAGAAUUUCAGAAAGUCCAACAGGCCUAUGAACUACUCUCAGACGAUGUCCGACGGACUAAACAUGACCAAAAGGUCAAGAUUGCCGAGCUGAAGCGUGAACUGCUGGAACGCAGACGAACAGACUCUACCUACAACUCCCCACGGGGGAGUGCAGGCGGCACUCGGGAAUUCCGCAAUGGUCACUUCAUGGAGGAGAGAGUCCCCAUAGAAGUCUUCUUUGAGGAAGAAUUACGAUUCACAGAUGAGCCCCGCUCCACAACGGCCCGCAAAUGCGAAGAGUUUGGCCUACGCUCAAAGACGAAACAGACAGAAGAGAAGAAGAAGAGUCGAACACCGAUGAGCAUGUAUCAUCAGGCAAAGGAAGAGCGGGAAGCGGCCAAGGCAACGGCCAAGGCGACGCAUUCCGACCGUGCGAAGAUGCGUGAUGUGGAGCGACGACGACAGGCCGAGGCAAAGCGCGAUACAUUUGGAUCCUAUGCAGAAUCCGAGGAAGAGACAUCCGAUUCCACCGCUCCCCGCCGCUAUCACAUCAAACGGACACCCCAGGUAGAGCGAGAGUUACGAUCCCGACCAUCGGACUCUCGUCGUCGCGAACGCCGCUACGAAGAGGAGACCGAUGUGGAAGAUCGCUGGUCCAAGCUCGAUAGUCAAUACUUCAUUGCAGAGGAUUAUAUCGCAUCUAAAGCCCGGAGUUCCAAGUCCCCACGACGACGCCAUGGUCGCUCCUCGCCGGAACCAGAGUUGUCCGGGUCGCGAUCCACGGGACGGUCCACCCGCCGUCGCUCUUCAUCGCGCGAUAAUUCCUAUGAGCACCUGGAACAAUCUCGAGCUUAUGAGACCAGGCCACCUAAGCUGCAACCCUCCGCAACCACCCCGGGUAUCAAGGGUCUCCGUCCUUUCCUCAACACCCGCUCCGCAACCGCCCCUGGCGUCGUCCGUCCAAAGCGGGAGAGUCGGGACUCAACACUAUACGAAAUGUCCCGGGAGCAACCUCCACCACGGACUUCCAGGAGGCGCGACGACUCGGGAUAUUCCAGUCCCGGUACCCCUGAAAUGCUUCCCAGAGGAAGCUCUCCCAAGACCUCAGUCCGUUACAUGGUUGUCAAGGAACCAGAGCACAUCAUUGCAGAACCAAAGUCAUCAAAGUAUCGCUCGGCGAGAUCCCCCGACCGGGAUCGCGUAUCCUCUACACGCCAAACACCCAAGCGAAGCAGUACCUAUACCGGGGAAGCCUUGCCUCGUGUUGAGACUCGGUCUGCGCGCCCUUCUUCUCGUCCCCAUCCGGACGUCGAAUAUAUUACCCGCCCCGUAGAAAAGGACGUCAAAGUCAAGUAUGGGAGGGCAUACAAGGAAGAAGACGUGAUCUACUCGCCGAGACAACGCUAUUACCCAUACGACGAGGAAUAUCGCAUUCCUGCUGCGGGGAGACGCCAGUCUGCCUAUUAA